AUGCAAGCUGCACGCCACGAGACAAUUUCUUGGGAAGAGAUGGCUUUAGAGCUAAUUGAUCAUCAUCAACAAACCAAUUUCUCAGAUAUUGGCCUGUCACCUUACCCUGUCAUGGGUGGGUAUCUCGGAACCACGGGAUCGGAGAUAUCAUUCGGUUUCCUGAACAGUGCGGCUACAAUAUACCCCAAUGUCGAAUUCUACAACCUUUCGGUCCCAGACUUCUCAAUCGAAGAAUUCGUUGAAAAUGGAGAUUCUACAGGCACGAACAUGAAUGCUGUCGAACUGAAUUUCUUCAAUGAAUUACCAAGCAUUGAAUAUACUGAUAUCAUCAACCCCAAUCGCCUGACCCCCAACUAUCCGGCCUCCAUGCUUGGCCCUGCUCCAUACCCACCGGCCUUCAUUAACCCAGACAGUGCUUUCUACUUGCUUGCCCAAGUACCUGUUCAACAGCCCGUUCUUCAAUCCAGACAACAAGCCCCCCCCACGCACUACCUACCCGGCUGUGGAAGGACUUACAGUAGAAGUGACAAGGUUUUGGAGCAUCGAAGAAAGGCAGGGCAUUAG